AGUUGUACCAUGACAACCGUUUCCUUGGGUCACAAUGUAAAUGGAAACUAAUAAAUAUUGUUGAUAUCCCAUUCGUAGACAAAAGUAGACAAGAACAAGAACUAAAUGCUUAUAUUCAAAUGGAUUUCACGUAUUGCGAAUUCCCCAGCACCGUUUCCAUUGACACCUUCAAGGCCUAUUUCCAUCUUAAGGACGUCAGGCUGCCCAAAGGCAGCGGUAAAUCAUUCGACCAGAACCACCAACUAUAUCAAGAAGCCAACGAAGGGCAAACAAAUCAAGCGAAAAGUCUGCGACAUCUUGUCCUCGAUGCCAUUGUAGAGAAUUGGAGCGAACUGCCACUGUAUCGACAACUGACGCGUCGUGAGGACCGUAACUAUAUACUCAGUCAUCUGGAUACUCAGACACUGCCGUUGCAAUUGCUCAGCUCUUACAUUCAUGAUGAUUUCUUUUGGCAACGCUGCUAUGCCGAACGCUGGCGGUCCGCCCCCAUACAACCGCGGGGCAGAGAACGGCCCUGGAUUAACAUUUACAUGGAGCGACAUGUGCAGGAGUUUAUUGAAAAUAUGCAAACCGUUGACUACGAGCUAGAGGGUGAGGGCAAUGUGCAGGCCACCUUGGACAUCUGUGGGGCAUAUAUAAAUCAAUUGGAGAUAAAUCAACUUCAACCCGCUCCGCCGACCAACGACAAUAAUGAUCACAUUCCACUUGAUUACCUGCUGAGCAAUCUGCCGGAUUUACAGCGACUGCGGCUGAGUUACAGCACCAAGACGGCUGGCAUCAAUUACCAAAUUGGCUGUAAUCAGCUCACACCGAAGGACAUUUUGCUUCUGGUCAAAGGACUGAGUCAGUGUCAUGAGCUGCGACAAUUCUGCAUACACAAUACAAAACUGAUGCCAUAUCAGUUACGUUUUCUGGCCCACAGUUUGGACAAGGGUUGCCAUCAUUUGACUAGAUUAUCCUUCUUGCAUUGUGCUGUGGGUGAUGCGGGUAUUCGUGGGUUUUUGGAAACUUGUGGCAAGGAAUCAUUUGGCAUAUUAACUAUGUUGGAUUUGACCAACAAUAAGAUUACCGAAGAGGGAGCCCAUAUACUUAGCCGCACUCUGCGUCAUGUGCCUCUUCAGCGAUUGGUUCUACGUCUCAAUCCCAUACAAAGUGAUGGAGCUGCAGCCAUAUUUCAUACUCUUCAGGCCAUGCCUAUUCGGGAAAUAGAUCUGAGUUCAUGUGGCAUUACGGCAAGUAUUACCAAAUUGUUUAUGAUGUUAAUAUGCCAGCAUACGACACUGCUUGAUAUUGAUCUAUCCAAUAAUACACUGGGAGAGGAUUUUGGCAAACAUUUAAUGAAAAUUAUGAGUUCAAAUAAAGUGCUGGAGGAAUUGGAUUUACGUAAUACAGGUCUAUCACUGACCAUGCGUCGAAAAUUUCAAGAAAUUUUACUCAGAAACAUUGAACGCAAACGUCAUGAGGCCUUGAAGCAGAAACAGCGCGAUAAGUUCAAGGCCAUGAUCCAGAUGUAAAACAUAUGUAUCAAUAUAUACCCAAAAUGAAAAAAUAAACAUAAAAUUGUA